AUGAACAAUGUCUUCAAAUGUACACGUGAUUUUCAUUCGAAUUUUAUGUCAAUCUUUUUGUUUUAUUUUGGAAUACAAAUCAUGGAUAAAAUUGAUAGUGAUUAUGAUUUUUUUGAUUGUCAAUACAACAAUGAAGAUGAUAAUGAUGAUAAUCCAUUAUUCGAUUAUUAUCAGAAUAUUGCUCGUUCAUCAUUUGAUGAUAUGGUACAUGAUCAUGAACGGAAUGAUCUUUAUUAUCAAGCAAUUUGUCGAUCAAUCAAAAAACUUCGAUCAAAAAAUCCUGAAAAAUCGGUUAAUGUUUUGGAUAUUGGAUCCGGUACUGGAUUGCUUAGUAUGAUGGCUACAAAUGCCAAUGCUGAUCAUGUUAUCGCAUGUGAAUGUUUUGAACCAAUAGCUAAAUGUUCGAGGAAAAUUAUCAACGAUAAUUCUAUGUCAUCCAAGAUUGAUGUGAUAAAUAAACGUUCUGAACAACUGAAAUUACCUGGCGAUUUUCAACCAAAUCUAUUGGUUGCAGAACUUUUGGAUACUGAAUUGAUUGGUGAAAGUUGUCUAUCAAUAUAUCGUGAUAUUAUUCAACGAAAACUUGUCGAUCCAGAUCAUUGUCUAUAUGUGCCGACACGUGCAAGAAUCUGGAUUCAACUUGUUCAAUCUGAACGUUUAUUUCAUUGUCAUCAAUUUCAAAAAUCUUAUCCAAUUGUUGACAAUAUUGAAGCGAUACAAUCACCACCACAGGUUCGAAAUUGUUUUGGGUCACACCUAUUACAUGAUAUUCAAUUGAAUAGACUUCGUCCGGAUAUAGAUUUCGAAAUUCUUUCCGAUCCUUUGGUUAUUUUUGAAUUUGAAUUCAAUCGAUUAGAAUCAUUAAAACACCGUGAUCAUAAACGUAUUCAAUUCGAAUUGAAACGUUCAUUCAAUCAACCAAUGAUGAUAUUUGCCUGGUGGGAUAUUGAUCUCGAUGAUGAUGGUGAAAUCUGUUUAUCUUGUGGUCCAUUUUGGACACGUGGAUUCAAUGAUGAGCAACAGGUAGCAUGGCGUGAACAUUGGAUACAAACCGUAUAUUAUUUACCGGCAUUUGCAUUCGAUCGUGAAAGACAAGUUGACGGAUUCAAUCAUGAUCAUAUUAAUCACAAACAAAAAUUAAUAAUCGAUUGUCAUCAUGAUCAAGUAUCAUUUUGGUUUGAUAUACCCAAACAAAAUGAAUCAUACGAAUCGAACGAUAUAAACGAAUCUGAAUCAUGGUAUUGUACUUGUGGUUUACAUUCACAUUUAUCACGAACACGAUUACAAUGGAUCAAUAACUGUCAACGUUAUCAACAAUAUUGGUGCCGAUUAAAUGAACUAUUACCAACUACCAACAAUCAAAUGUUGAAUCUAAUCUAUUUUGGUGAUGAAAGUAUACUUCCAUUUGUAUGUAGUCGCCAUCCAAAUGUUGAACAUGUUUUUAUCAUUUGUAAUGAUCGAAAAUCAUAUCGAUUUUUUCAUACAUUUCGCAAUCAAAAUGAUCAGAAAAUUAUUCUUUGUUCACAUAAUAGUUUUCAUAAACAUCAACAACAACAACAACAACAACAAGAGAAUCUAUUAACAUGUCAAACACCAUCUUAUGCAAUAAUAAGUGAUUUACAUUUUCGUAAUCAAUCAGCAAUGCUGUCAUCAUUGGAAAUUUUUCGUCAUCUUUAUCGACAACAACAAUUUAUUCGAAAUCAUCAUAACCGGAUUCAUUUUUGUCUGCCUCAUCGAAUUGUUUUACGUGGUUUAAUCGUUCGAUUUGAACAUUUAUGGAAAUGUUGGGCACCAGUUUCGAAUGUUCGAAUCAAUGAUCAAACCGAAUUCAAUCUAUUCGAAUAUGAUUUAUUGAUUAUGAAUGCACGACGUAAUGUUGAUUGGCAAUUUGAUCGUCGUUCACUUUGGGAAUAUCGUUGUUGGCCAUUAGCCAAUGAAACUUUUGAUAUUCUUGAUAUUUCAAUGGAUUGUACGAAUGGCAAAAAAUCAAUGGAAGAACUUAAUUCCUUAAUGACCACCAAUGAGAAAAUCGAAAAAAUUGUUGAAUUCAAUGUUGAACAACUAAAAUCCAGAAAAAUUGAUCCAAAUACUGUGGCAAUUGUUUGUUGGAUUGAUCAACAUAUCGAUGAUAAUACAAUCAUAACGGGUGGUUUUGAAAACAACAUGACCGAAUCAUUAACACCAAAUACCGAAAUCAAAUGGAUACGUGAUCAACAACAAUUGGUUACAUUUUUGACCACCAUUCCUAAUGGUAUUGAACAAUGGAAUAAUAAUGAAUCAGCAGAUAAAAUUCAGCUAAAAUUUGAAAUCAAAAUGAAUAAAUUAUCCAUCAGGAUGGAUAUCAACAAUAGAAAAUGAAUAAAAAUGACAGCUGUUUGAAAUGAAAUUAUACAAAAAUGUUUUUGCUCUGCCCAAAAAUGCUCUCCGUGUGUGUAUAAUAUAUAUGUUUUUUAAGUUUGUACUUUUAACUGCAAUGAUGAAUAAAAUAUUGAUUUUUUCGUUC